AUGAAUUACACCACUAAUAAGCUAUGUACUCUAGCACUGGCGCACUGGGUUCCUCGUCAGAAUCAGACUGAUACGCCUGAAGCGAUGACGAUGUCAUUGUAUAUUCAUGACAUAAACGACGCGACCCAUCCCGGACGUUUGUCCAAGAACUGGAGUCGUUUGCUCCGUGCUGGAGCAAAACGGUUCUAUUUCUAUGCAAACGAAGAAGAAAUCGAAGUCAAAGCAGAUGGUAGUUCAAUUUGUUUACUAAGAAGGACUUGCGCCGCUAGAACUUACAAUGUCCGUUCGACUAAUCACUGGACGAGAAGACUGGAUCACACCCAGUGGGCAAAUGCUUUCUGGAACAGCGUUGUCUGCGAUGUAUGGACUCGUCCUGUUCUUAAGGCCAUCCAAGGAGCGGCCAAUAUGCAACGGAAGAUCAAUAACCUUUCUACACACUUGGCGGCUUUCACAGAUGAACUCAACCCGUUCUUGAUUGCCGAGGCCACCGUAAAGGAAGCAAUGGCCCUCCAUCCAAAUGACAAAGCGGGCAAAAAGACACAGAGCAUCGUUGGCAAUACUCACCUGUCUAUAGUGGACGCUGCGUCAAUGCUUUGCCAGUCGCCCAUCUAUCUGGAUUCGUGGAAAUACACUGGCUUGUCAGACACCACGUCCAAUAUUCUUCAAUAUCAGAUUUUAGGUUUCCUCGUUGACAAUCCUCUGCAGCACCUUAUGAGCACGCGCAAUCGGCUAAUCGGAAAAUAUGGAGACGAGGACUCCCACGAUACAUCUAACAUCGAAUGUGUCACAGAUGAGCUUCAGGAUUCCAGGCCAGGUUUGUACAAGGAAGUUGAAACUGUCAAGAGACUGGGACAUCUUCUGCCACAGGAGCUCGAUAACAUUACUUUAAUAUACUCUGAAACCGCUCAUGACAUCUUGUGGAACACAAUAGACUACUUCGCCUACACAGUUAUACCUACUCCUGGCAGGGAUAAUCCAGGAUUUCAUCCUAUACACUGGCUUGCGUUAUUAGACAUUGUUGAUCUACCGCAUCAGCACGAUCAUUGCGGCAAAACAGAAGCACGAGAAAGUAAUAUGUGCACUCUUUACGACGUCCACUUUAUUGCCCUGCUAACUGCAAUUUCUGUGAGAAGAGAUACUCGACUCAAGGCGAAUUCUCGUCUAUGGUAUAGAAAUAACCCUGCUUGA